GGAGCCGGGGCCGGGAGGCUCUCCGGCCUUGGGGGAGGUGGCCGCGCUGAGUGCUGCGCGCUGCUCGGCGGCUACGACGCGGUCAGUUUUUCCCCCCUCGGAGCCGGGCGCGCGCGGCCGCGAUGAGCUGGGAGUUGCUGCUGUGGCUGCUGGUGCUGUGCGUGCUCCUCGCGCUCGUGGUGCAGCUGCUGCGCUUCCUGCGGGCGGAUGGCGACCUGACCCUGCUGUGGGCCGAGUGGCAGGGGCGACGUCCAGAAUGGGAGCUGACUGAUAUGGUGGUCUGGGUGACUGGAGCAUCGAGUGGGAUCGGCGAGGAGCUGGCUUGCCAGCUGUCUAAACUGGGAGUCUCCCUUGUGCUGUCAGCCAGAAGAGUGCAGGAGCUGGAAAGGGUGAAAACAAGGUGCCUUGAGAAUGGCAAUUUAAAAGAAAAAGAUAUACUGGUUUUGCCGCUUGACCUGACUGAUAGAAGUUCCCACGAAGCAGCUACCAAAGCGGUUCUCCAGGAGUUUGGUAAAAUCGACAUUCUGGUCAACAAUGCUGGAAGAUCCCAGCGUUCUCUGUGCAUGGACACCAGCCUGGAUGUCUUCAAGGAGCUAAUAGAACUUAACUACUUAGGGACGGUGUCCUUGACAAUGUGUGUUCUGCCUCACAUGAUCGAGAGGAAGCAAGGAAAGAUUGUUAUUGUGAAUAGCCUCCUGGGUAUCUUAUCUGCGCCCCUUUCUAGUGGAUAUUGUGCCAGCAAACAUGCUCUGCGGGGUUUUUUUAAUUGCCUCCGAGCUGAACUUGCUACAUACCCAGGUAUAGUAAUUUCUAACAUUUGUCCAGGACCUGUGCAAUCAAAUAUUGUGAAGAAUUCCCUAACUGAAGACGUCCAAAAGACUAUUGGCGUUGAAACAGCCCAGUCCCACAAGAUGGCGACCAGUCGUUGUGUGCGGCUGAUGUUAAUCAGCAUGGCCAAUGAUUUGAAAGAAGUUUGGAUCUCGGAUCACCCUUUUUUGUUGAUAACAUAUUUUUGGCAAUAUAUGCCAACCUGGGCCUUGUGGCUAACCAACAAGUUAGGGAAGAGAAGAAUUGAGAACUUUAAGAAUGGUUUGGUAAGACCCAUUUAUGCACUUCUUAAUAUAUAUCAGUCUUGUAGGAAAGUAUGAAAUCUUCUAGUACUUGAAAACUUGUCUUACUAACCCUCCACCAACCUCAUGAUGUAAAUACAAAAGAGAUAAAAA